ACACUCCCCCCCUUAAUACGGCGAACCACCCGCAGCUGCGAGUGUGUGACUACAUUUGGAGCGAGCCGCGGCAGCGAAAGCUCCGCGGGGAGGGAGGGACCGCCGGGCCCGGACACACGGCGAGCACCGCGUGAGGACGGUCUCUCUCCCGACGAGCACCAGACCGAGAGGUGGAAUCUGUCACUGAACUCUUCACAUCCGAUGGAACCCGGAUCCUGCUGGAGGAACGAUUGGCCUCCGUGUUUCGCCUCGUCCGAGAAGCGGAGAAAGAACAGCCCGCCCACUCUUGGCUCCUACAUGCUGUCCGAGUAUCGGCAGGACAGCGAAGCGUCUGAAUCUCUCUGAGGGACAUGGACGCCAUGGAGAACCCGGUCCUGGAGCCCCGGGCGGAGCGGAUCGCCCGGUACAAGGCCGAGAGGAGGCGGGAGCUGGCCGAGCGCUACGGCAACACGGAGGAGCUUCCCUCCAAGUGGGUGCGGAGGGACGCCGAGGAGGGGCACGAGCCAGGAGCCAGAUCCCACAGGAGGGCGCUGAACUCGGACGCCUUCUGCGAAGGAGUCAACGGCAAAACGCCGGAGGCGACUAACGGACUGGAGGCAGACGUUCCCGCAGAGCCCCCCUGCCUGAGCAGGCAGGUUUGCCAGGACUCUGGGGAGGCACCCCUCGCCCCUCUGGGACCCGACGCCCCGCAGCUCCACACUCGGGUGUCGGUGGGCCAGCUGAGAAGCGCCCUGCUGCAGCAGACGGAGCCGGAGAAAGUCGGCCCUGACGGUGGCCGGGCCGCGUCCUCUCUGGACCUGGCUGUGAAGCCGGGCUCAGACGCGAGCCGCCGCCGCACGCGGCGCUACCUCCCCGCCGGGUCGGGCGGCGGCCGCAAGACGGGCGAUCGCUUCAGGACGCAGCCGAUCACUGCCGAUGAGAUGCAGGAGAGCAGUGGGCUGAUGGAUGCAGAGGAAGAGGAGAACGGUAAAGGCGACGUGAAAACGGAUGACAGAGCCAAAAUGAGCGUGGCGGCCAAGAUGUCUUUGUUUAAAGAGCUGGAGCGGUCCGCCGCCCCCGAGGCCUCGGCCUUCCUCAAGCCUCGCUCCGGCGGCGCCGGCCACGAACGCAGGGCGCGGCGCGGCAACGACCCUCGAUUUCUCACCCAGCCGAUCACCUGUGAGGAGAUGGUGGCCAUCAGCGCCCCGAAACCGGCGCCGCCGGCCGAGGCCCAGCCCGAGGAGGACGGCGACGAGAGCUGCAAGCUGAGCAUGAGCGAGAAGCUGGCACUGUUCAACAAACUAUCGCUGCCUACGAAACAAGGCGCCGCCGACGGGCCUCCCGAGCGGCGGAGGCAGAAGGGGGCCCGGUACCGGACGCAGCCCAUCACCGUGGAGGAGGUCAGCCUGCUCCAGAAAGACCCGGUCCAGCUCCCGGCCCUCUCCUUGUCCCCCCACCUGUCCGACAGACAGCAGGCCUCGUCUGUCAACCUGAAACCCAGCGAAGUGCGUCUGUCUCAACCGCGCCCGGACGCCGACCCCGACCCCGUCCCCGACCCCGAGCCCCCUCCCGUCCCGCAGCGCCGCAGCUCCGAGCCCGGUCUGAAGGGGAUCCUGAAGAAGAGCCGCUCCGCCGGCCAGGCCGACGCCCGCCAACAGAACGGCGGCGGCCGCGGCGAGCCGGCGCAGCAGGACCGGACGGAGGGAAGCGAGAGGCUGGAAAUCUCGGCGCCGCCGCGCAGACAGAGACGCGAGGAGUGCGGCGUGGACGGGGGCGCUCAGAGCGCCGCUCCCUGGAGGCAGAGGACUCGGAACAGGAGGGAGACCAUCGCCUGCACGCCCACCAGAGCGCUGCGGCAAGACGGCGAAGAACAGACCGUUUCCUCUGUGGGAAACGGCUGCAGCUCGGAUCUGACGGACAGAGUCCAUGGAGGAGAAGAGCAGGAGAGAGCGAGGAGGGCUGAUGAGACGAAGGUCACUCGGUCGGAUCACUCGGCUGACCUGCAGGAAACGGCCGGCGGGACGAAACAGGGAGAAUCUCACCUGGAGAGCUGGGAGCCCGUCUUUGCCUCAGUGUUUUCUAGCAAUACGCCCCAAUAUAUCAUGUGUUUUAAUCAGACCAGCUUGUCUUUUGAAGCGCAGGAAGUGUCGUCGCCCACAAAGAGCCCUGCUCAGCCUCAGUGGAGACAGAAGGGUAAAGGAGGGGAUCCCGAGGAGCUGCAGGAGAGCACGGAGCAGGAGAGCGCUCGGAGAAGUCUUUCCUCGCCUGAAGCAGAGCGAAAUGAGAUUCCUGUCGACGCCGGUGAAACGCUCUGCUGCUCCCCUGAAGACUGGUCCAGCCGGCCUGUGGAGGAGCCUGAAGCUCCUCACGGCUCCUCGCCCACAGCGGAGGACGAGACGCCCGUGAACCAAUCAAGUGCCUGUGACGGAGGUUUCUUCCUGGAACGGUCGCCUCCCUCCGCCUGCCCGCCUCCGCCUGACGGAGGGGAUUCUGCCCCGGAGAGGGAGCGGGACCUGGACGUCCUCUGUCAGACCAACACACACAUACUGACCUCCACCGUCGCGGAGCACCGGCGCUCGGUGCGUCCGUCCCGCCGGACCCAGGGAUCCAGGAACCCCCUGAGGGCCCUCGCCGCCAGGGAGGACAUCCGGCAGGACUUCAUGGGAGAGAGGGUCAACGCAGCCGCCGAGGAGAGAGCGCCAGCUGAGAACAACUGUAAAAACCCCGCGGCGUCAGACGACUCCACGCCUUCCCCGGACGCCGACAGACCGCCGUCCCUCCCCGCCUUCAGCAGCCUGAUGCUCAUUCACAUCAAAGGCAGGCGGCGGGUGCAGGUGAGGCUGGCCGAGCCCUCGGCGCGCUCGCUCAACAGCGGAGACUGCUUCCUGCUCGUCACGCCGCGCGCCUGCUUCGCGUGGAGCGGAGAGCGCGCCAACCCGCAGGAGAAAGCCAAGGCCUCGGAGCUGGCUGCGUUCAUCCAGAGCCGGAGGGAUCUGGGCUGCCAGGCCCCGGAGGUGGUCCACCUGGAGGAGGGGCGGAGCGCCGACACCAGCGCCGCCGCAGACUUCUGGAGUCUGCUGGGAGGGAGAACGCCGUACAGAGGCGCCGGAGUGCCGGACGAGGAUGAGCAGUUUGAGAGCGGCGUGGUGGAGUCGAACUGCGUGUACAGGCUGCUGGAGAACAGGCUGGUGCCUCACGAGCAGGCCUGGGCCUCCACGCCCAGCGCGGCGCUGCUCCAGUCCUCUGAGGUUCUGGUGUUUGAUUUUGGCAGCGAGGUGUACCUGUGGCACGGCCAGGAUGUUCCCCAGAGGAGGAGGAGCGUUGCUCUGCAGCUGACUCGCCAGGUGUGGGCCGGAGCGUACGACUACAGCAACUGUGGAGUCAACCCUCUGGAUUCCACUGGGAGCGACCCCGGCGCUCGGCCGAGGGGGGAGGGCCGGCCCGGCUGGGCCCUGCUGGGGGUCCUGGCCCAGCACCAGGAGACGGCUCUGUUCAGGGAGAAGUUCCUGGACUGGCCGGAGGAGAGCGGAGCCGGCGAGGGAGCUGCUUCAAAGCCGGAGCAAACGCAGGCCCCCCCCCCCCCCCCCCCGCCCUCUGACCCCCUGAGUCCGUGCGACGCCAGAGCUCUGGUGUCGGCCCGCCCGCCGGAGGGGGACCUCGGCCCGCGCACCGUGCUGGCCGGCGUGGAUGUGGAGCGGGGCCGCGGCGUCUGCACGGCGGCGGUGGACGCCUGGCACGUCCAGGAGUUCGACGACAGCGAGGUCCCGCUGGAGAGCACGGGACAGCUCCACGAGGGGGACUCGUACGUCGUCCGCUGGACGUACAGCGUCAACGCCGCUGAUGACGUGAAAGUCUCAGAUGAGGGUGACGGAGCCUCUGGACAGACGGAGAACACGGCCUUCUUCCUGUGGCGAGGGCGCCACUCCAGCGUCAGCGGGCGCGACACGGCCGCCUUCCUGUCCAUCGGCAUGAAAAACCAAGAGCAGUCGCAGGUGGUGGUCCCUCAGGGGAAGGAGCCGCCCUGCUUCCUGCAGCUCUUCCAGGGAGGCCUGGUAAUCCACCGGGGGAAGCGAGAAGCCGCUCCAGCUGACGCUGAGUGGCGUCUGUUCUGCGUGCGAGGGGAGCUCCCGGAGGAGGCCCAGCUGCUGGAGGUGGAGCGCUCCUGUGCCGGUCUGAGGUCAAGGGGCGCCGUCGUCCUGCUGAACAGCCAGCAGGGGGCGCUGUACCUGUGGACUGGAUGCAAAGCUCACAGCAGCGUCAGAGAAGUCAGCAGGAGGGCGGUGGAGCGGCUCUCUGAAACGCGUCCUCCGGAGCUGGGUCUCGGUAAAGGCAGCUCCCUGCAGGUGCAGGCGGUGGAGGAAGGAGCAGAGCCUGCAGACUUCUGGACAGCUCUGGGAACGAUGGACAGGAAGGCCUACGACUGCAUGCUGCAGGAUCCUGGGAAGUACAACUUCACGCCUCGCCUCUUCCACCUGAGUGCCUCUUCUGGACGUUUCCAGGCCGAGGAGCUCCAGAGUCCGUCGCGGCUGCCGGGGAUCGUCAUGGCGAUGCCUUUUGUCCAGGAGAGCCUGUACGCUGCGCCGCAGCCAGCCCUGUUCCUUCUGGACAACCGUCUGGAGGUGUACCUGUGGCAGCGCGGCCAGCCUGAGCAGACGGAGAGCGCGGCGGCGGCCUGGAGCCUCUGGCACCACGAGAGGCGGUGCGCCAUGCAGACGGCGCUGCAGUACUGCAAAGAGAUGAACCCGAGGAGGCCUCCGCUGGCCUACCUCAUCCUGGAGGGGCUGGAGCCGCUCACCUUCACCAACGUCUUCCCUCGCUGGGAGAGGAGCUCGGGAUGCCACACACAGGCUGACGCGGGGCGACAGAAGCUGACCUUGGUGCAGGACGCCCUGGCCCAGCUCAUGAAGACCCAGUACCCCCUGGAGGAGCUGCUGAGGAGCCCUCUGCCUGAAGGAGUGGACCCCCGCCACCUGGAGGUCUACCUGUCAGACCAGGACUUCCAGACUCUCUUGGAAAUGAAGAGAGAUGAAUACGCCUCCCUGCCGAGCUGGAAGCAAACUGAUCUGAAGAAAAGCAAAGGCCUGUUGUGUUGAGACUGACCGAUGGGACGCACCAAGGACUGCUCACAACGCAAUAAAAAAAGAAGGAAAAUCACUUUUAUUUAUGUUAAAUUAGUACGAGUGUGUGGACUUUUUAUUGGACAUGGAUUUCUCUGUAGCUACCGUUCAGGUCGGAGCAACAACAGACCACAUUUUUCCUAUGUAACGUAAUUUUAUCUGUACAAAUCAGCAAAAGAUACAAAAAAAACGAAACAAAAAGAAGAUAGGUGGGAGUGAAGGCAGGAUGUCAGUAACAAAGAAUGACAAGACGAGUGCUUUCAAAAUAAAA